CAAUUUCAAUCUAUUUCUCUUUUCUUUUCUUUUCUCUUUUCUCACUUAUUAUAUUUUAUAUCAUUUUCCCCUUUCGAGGCAAAGGACCAACAAACAAACUGUACACCAAGACAUAUUUUCUGAGACGAAAAUACGUCAUUCACUGACUUUUCGUUAUCUGUUGACUCCACGUUCGGCAAGCUCCUACCCAGAACCUGAUCAGUGCCAACCUGUGACCAAGCUCAUUUUGUCCGACAUCUUCGUGCCAAAUUUCUAAGCCUCCAUGUUCAAUGGAUAUCAGCGAGCCCAUUGUCCCUCUUUCUAGUGACGUUGGCACCACAGUCCCCAGUAUGGAAGCGAAGCCAGACUCCCGAGCAUCGUCGCCGAGUGUAGGCUCCGAUCGCAUAGACAAAGGCUCCUUCAGCCUCCUCUCUGAACCAACCGCCCCGAAUUCUUCGAAGGGAAACAUCAAUGGCGUGCAGGUCCAAGGAUCCCAGCCGUACCAAUUCGAAACUUCUUCAAGUAACUGGAACGUUGGACAAGGCCCUAACCCUUCAGUCCGCUCAUCUAGUCGAGCGCCCAGAAGGCUCAGUGGGAGCACGGCUGCAAGCUCCAUCAGUGAAGCUGAAGUCUCCGGAACACCGCACUUUGGAAGAAUUGGUGUCUGUGCAUUGGACGUGAAAGCUCGCAGCAAGCCUAGCCAAAACAUAUUGACGCGUCUUCAGUCCAAAGGUGGAUUCGAAGUAAUUGUCUUUGGUGACAAGGUGAUCCUCGACGAAGCUGUAGAGAAUUGGCCUAUCUGCGAAUACCUGAUAGCAUUCUUUUCUGAUGGGUUUCCGCUGGACAAAGCUAUCGCAUAUGCAAGACUUCGAAAGCCAUUUUGUGUCAAUGAUCUCCCCAUGCAGAAGGUAUUAUGGGACCGGCGUCUCUGCUUGAAGAUACUAGAUCAGAUGAGCGUCCCGACACCCAAGAGACUGGAGGUUAACCGAGACGGAGGGCCUACCCUGGAAUCCCCAGAACUCGCCGAGCAUGUAUAUAAUCUGACAGGAGUGAAACUCGAGGGUCCCAGUGACGGCACUGGUGGAGGAGCCUCGAGAACAAUGAACGUGAGGAUAUCUGACGAUGGUGAUUCUCUUAUUGUUGACGGCAAGGUUUUCAGAAAACCUUUCGUUGAGAAGCCAGUAAACGGGGAAGACCACAAUAUUCAUAUAUACUUCCCCAAUGACCAGCAAUAUAGUGGCGGUGGUAGAAGGCUAUUUCGAAAGGUCGGGAACAAAAGCUCCGAAUACGACCCCGACCUUACCGUCCCCAGAUCAGUCACAGAAACGGAUACAAGCUACAUCUAUGAACAGUUUCUGAGGGUCGAUAAUUCAGAGGACGUCAAAGCCUAUACAGUCGGUCCAGAUUUCUGCCAUGCAGAGACGCGGAAGUCUCCUGUGGUUGACGGACUCGUUCGCCGCAAUACCCAUGGAAAGGAGCUCAGGUAUAUAACAAAACUGAGCAAGGAUGAAGCAGCCAUUGCUUCUAAAAUAUCAAAUGGAUUUGGCCAGAGGAUAUGCGGGUUCGACAUGCUUCGCGUGGGGGAGAAAAGUUAUGUGAUUGACGUUAACGGCUGGAGCUUUGUCAAAGACAACAAUGACUAUUACGACAGAUGCGCUGCUAUUCUGAGAGACACUUUCCUGAAUGAAAGGCGCAAACUCGAAGGAAUCAUUGAGCCCGUCGAUGCUAUUCCUGCUGAUUCUGGACAUUCUUGGAGACAUUCCAUGUCUCACAGACACACCCUGAAGACCCUUUUGAAAUCCCCAAGUGCAUCGAAGCUUCAUGGGAGCCAAGCGGGCUUAAGAAGUUCUGACACAGGCUCGUCUGAUUCCAUUGUUUCGCGACCAAUAACUUCAUCAUCCGCGGAGAAGGUCGACAAUGGAAACGGCCAUGUAGACCCUAGUGGGCUCGAUAAACUCGCGCACCCCAAGAUCUAUACUUCGCAGAACUCUAAGUCGUCAAUAGUACCAGUGGAUCUACCUACCGAGGGCCUGCCGCCGCCGCCGCCGCCAGCUUCGAAACACUCAUGGAAGCUCAAGGGAAUGGUAGCAGUCAUUAGACACGCAGAUCGCACACCCAAGCAGAAGUUUAAAUUUACGUUUCACAGCCAGCCUUUCAUUGACUUGCUCAAAGGCCAUCAAGAAGAGGUAGUGAUAAAGGGUGAGGCUGCAUUGGCAAGCGUUUCGGAUGCGGUCAAGGUUGCCAUGGACCGGAAUCUUGAAGAUAUGGACAAGUUAAAGCUGCUCCGAACGUCACUUGAGAAGAAAGGUGGCUGGCCAGGGACUAAGGUCCAAAUCAAACCAAUGUUUCGCAAGCGGAAGCCAGAAGAGCUACGCGGGCAGACUUCGUCGGUCCUCCCGACAUCCCCUUCUGAGCCACCGCAGCAUGAAUUACUUGUAUCUACGCAAGACCAGCAUUCCGCAGAAAAUGAUCAACUCAGUCGACCUCAAACGCGGAGUGACUCGAUAUCCGGUGCAACCUUUUCGAGAUUCUCUGCCGCAGAAAACGACCUGAUCCUAGACAAACUCCAACUCGUGAUCAAGUGGGGUGGGGAACCAACACAUGCAGCACGCUAUCAAUCGCAGGAUUUAGGGCUUAACAUGCGUGAUGAUCUGAAGCUCAUGAACAAGGAAGCAUUGAAUAAUGUCCGCAUAUAUACAAGCUCUGAACGGAGAGUGAGCACGAGUGCCCAAAUAUGGGCUUGCUCCUUUCUCGAUCAGAAGGAGCUGCCCGAAAAUUUCAUACAAGUCCGAAAAGAUCUUCUGGACGACUCGAAUGCUGCGAAGGAUCUCAUGGAUAAGGUGAAAAAGAAGCUAAAGCUCCUUUUAAGGGAAGGAUCCGCGCCCUCGCAGUUUACGUGGCCAAAGGACAAUAUCCCGGAACCAUCAGUCGUGCUAGCUACUGUCGUUGAACUGAUGAAGUUUCAUCGGGAUGUUAUGAGACACAAUUUCCGCAGAUUUGACGAGUCAUCGUCUCAGCCUUCUGGGACAGAUGAAAUAGAUGACGGCUGCCCAUCCUUCCAGCCUAACACAGGAUGCGAAAAGCCUUCUUUGUCUUCCAUUCAAGGAAGAUGGUGUACAGGUGAAGAUCCCAUGCUUUUCAAAGAACGAUGGGAGAAGCUUUUUGCCGAAUUUUGCGAUACGGAGAAGGUUGAUCCCAGUAAACUUUCUGAGCUCUACGACAGCAUGAAGUUCGAUGCCCUUCAUAACCGACAAUUCUUAGAAUGGGUCUUUAUGCCACCCGAUAGCGACGAUAGUGAAGACGAAAAGCACCAUUAUGGCUUGAAGAAUACCAGACGAGAUGAUUCUGUCAGUCCUAACAAUGAGAGUGACAAUGAUAAAAAUGAAGAACAAACAGAAGGCUCCAUUUUUGCCCAUCGAGCACUUGAUGACAGUUACGACCACUAUUUCAAGUUAUAUCCAGGCUCCAGCUCAACGAAGGCUAAGAUUGAUGGGAGACUUUCGAAACUGAGGGAGCUAUAUAAACUGGCCAAGGUUCUCUUUGAUUAUGUGACACCGCAGGAAUAUGGGAUAACGGACACGGAGAAAUUGGAGAUUGGCCUUUUGACAUCCUUGCCACUCCUUCAAGGAAUAGUGAGGGAUUUGGAAGAGGUCCAGGCUUCGCCUGACGCAAAGUCUUUCUUCUACUUCACGAAGGAGUCACACAUUUAUACUCUCCUAAACUGCAUCUUAGAAGGGGGGAUACAGACCAAGAUAGCCAGGACUGCCAUUCCCGAGCUGGACUACUUAUCUCAGAUCUGCUUCGAGCUCUAUGAGGCCAAGGACUGUGAAUCUUCAACAAAUUCCUACUCGAUUCGGAUAUCAAUAAGCCCUGGUUGUCAUGCUUUUGAUCCACUGGACGUGCAACUCGAUUCCCGGCAUGCCAUUGGAUGUGCACCAAGGAGGAGCUUGACUGCCCAUCAGGACUGGAAAGAGGUUAUCGAGACCUUGAAGGCGAGAUUCGACACAGUAAAGCUUCCCAAGACAUUCAUCGCAGUGAACCUUAGUGAUAAGCACGGAUCACACUCUUGACGAGAAUUCCAUAUAUAAUGGUCUCAUACACGGGUUUGAGUUCCUGCCAUACAGAAUUUGUGGCUGUAUGGUCUCUCCUUUCCCGUGUGCAUUCUCUUGAGCAGGUCUUCUGGUAUUAGGCUCAUCUAUACAGGAUGUUGCGGUGCGACACAUAUUUCCGAGCAAUCCCUUCCAUGUAGAACAAUCUAUAGCUUACCAGCGAAAAUGGCG